GGUCCAACAGAACCAUUCUAAACAGUCUGAGAGAUGGGGGACGGACACUGCUCUAGUGCGGUUUGUAUGAAAAGCUUGCGACCGUAUUGGUUGAAUGCCGAUUCACGAAAAGGAAUGUGUUUGUGGAUUAUUCCAGACAGGAAGUUUACGUCGCUGUUCGGAGCUGUGCAACGUCACAGUCAAGAAGAUUUAUAGUGCAAAAGCAAAUCAAGAGUGGAAGAGAAUACACCUUUUGGGCGAUGUAUAAGUCAUCUAACAACGAGUUCCAAUUUAUGGUGGACUCCAGUAACGGUAUGGAAUUGGUGGAUGGCUCAAUUAAAGUAAAUGAAGAUGUGGGCGGCAGGCAAAAAAGCAGGCUAUAGCAUUACACAGCGUGGAGUUACUGCUCAUUUUCUGCAUGCCAAAGGAUUUGACUGGUUACUGGAAGAAGAAGAUUUGGAUGAAGAAGAUCAGAAACCAUUACUAGAAGAAUUGGAUAUAGACUUGAAAGACAUCUACUACAAACUGCGAUGUGUUCUCUUUCCUAUUCCACAAUUUGGGUUCAAUAGGCAUAUUGUGAGAGAGAGUCCUGAUUUCUGGGGUCCACUGAUUGUUGUACUUCUCUACUCAGUAAUAUCGCUGUAUGGACAAUUCAAGGUCGUUUCAUGGAUUCUCACAAUAUGGAUCUUUGGAUCUUUUGUCAUCUUCCUGCUUGCCAGAGUUUUAGGUGGCGAGGUCAGCUACUCACAAUGCCUGGGUGUGAUUGGAUAUUCUGUGUUGCCACUUCUGAUCACAGGAACCAUCAUACCUCUUCUCAAGUCCUUUGAUUAUCUCACCACAAUAUUCAAACUACUGGGUGUGCUGUGGGCAGCUUACAGUGCAGGAUCACUGCUUUGUGUGCAAGAACUACAACAAAAGAAACCAUUAAUAUUGUAUCCGGUUUGUCUCCUCUACAUUUAUUUCCUGUCACUCUAUACUGGCGCUUGAGAUGUUCCUGUAACAUUACUAUUCCAUAAAAACUGUGUCUCUGUCAA